UCCACCCCUAUUUCUCGUUUACGUUUUCUCUAUUGGGGAAGCUGGUGGCUCCAUUUUUGACUUUUGGAGCCAAAAAACUGUGUAGCAUGUGUACAAGAAAAGGGGAACCCGCUGUCUGGUUUUCUCCCCAUUGACCUCACUUGACUGGUGGAGCCCGACUUUGGUCUUCAAUGGCUUUCCUUGAUCUGUAUGCAUUUAUAAGGAGAAGUCCUCGCUGGGCUCUCCAGUUUCAGCCAUUCUCUGCGGAAAAGCCUCAUAAUCAAAACUGGAGAUAGACAAGCUUUGGAGGCCCAGAUAAUCCUUAAAAUGGAUAAAGCAAUAAUAGAUGCCCUUUUUCCAUUCAUUCUAUUCCUUCUCAUCACAAGUUUGUUCAUAGAAAGAGUGACAGGAGAUGCAAGAGCCCAAACUAUUGAAGUUAUAUGUGGGAACCAGUGGCAGCAAAAUUCUAUCAUCUCUGUCCCAAACUUUGUUGCUACAAUGGGGAAAGUUAGCGAGCAAAUGCAAACUUCUGGUUAUGGAGUAGCUCUUUCAGGCACAGGACCUGAUUCAAACUAUGGCUUGGGCCAAUGUUAUGGAGACCUCUCUUUAACCGAUUGUGUAAUAUGCUAUGCUGAGGCACGGACUGUUCUUCCCCAGUGCUUCCCUCAUAAUUCGGCUCGCAUAUACCUUGAUGGCUGCUUCUUGCGAUCCGAUAACUAUAGCUUCUAUGGCGAAUAUAUAGGAUCUGGAGACAAGGCUCUAUGUGGGAAUACAACCCGGAAGAAUUCUGCAUUCCAAGGGUCAGCAAGGAACGCCGUGCUGCAAGCAGUUGCGGCUGCACCGAACAAUAAAGGAUAUGUGCGAGCUGAGGUGCCAGUGUCAGCAGCACGAAAUGAGUCAGCUUAUGUGUUAGCUGACUGCUGGAGGACAUUGAAUGCAAGCUCUUGCAGGGCAUGUUUGGAGAAUGCAUCUACAGCAAUACUGGGAUGCUUGCCUUGGUCUGAGGGGCGAGCACUAUACACUGGUUGCUUCAUGAGGUACUCCGAUAAAAAUUUCCUCAAUGCAGAAACAGGAAAUGGAAGCUCAGGAGGGACCAAAAUUGUGAUUGUUGUUGUAGUAGUUUGUUCUGUGGUUGUCUUGGCAGCUGGGAUCUCUAUUGGAGUUUAUUUUUGGAAGCGGAGAAAAAUUCAAAAUAAGAGAAGAGUUAACACUGAUGUUGAUGUGGAGAAGUUGGCGAAGAUCCUUCACGAUAGUAGCUUAAACUUCAAAUUCUCUACCCUUGAGAAAGCAACAGGAUCUUUUGAUGAUGCCAACAAGAUAGGGCAAGGUGGUUUUGGAACAGUUUAUAAGGGAGUUCUCGCUGACGGAAGAGAGAUUGCUGUCAAGCGGCUUUUCUUUAAUAACAAGCACAGAGCAGCAGAUUUCUACAAUGAAGUUAACAUUAUAAGCAGUGUGGAGCACAAGAAUCUAGUAAGGUUGUUGGGAUGCAGUUGUUCAGGACCAGAAAGCCUCCUUGUCUACGAGUUCCUGCCUAAUCAGAGUCUUGAUCGUUUCAUCUUUGAUCCAACCAAAGGCAAAUCACUGGAUUGGGUGAAGAGAUAUGAAAUAAUUAUUGGGGCAGCAGAAGGUUUGGAAUACCUUCACGAUAACUCCAAGAAUAGAAUCAUCCACAGAGACAUAAAAGCCAGCAACAUCUUGCUGGAUUCAAGGUUUCGUGCUAAAAUUGCAGAUUUUGGGUUGGCUAGGUCUUUCCAAGAAGAUAAAAGUCACAUCAGCACUGCCAUCGCAGGAACACUAGGAUAUAUGGCUCCAGAGUACCUAGCUCAUGGACAGUUAACUGAAAAGGCAGAUGUGUACAGUUUUGGUGUGCUUUUGUUGGAGAUGGUUACAGGUAGGCAGAACAAUAGUGUGCAAGCGGCUGAAUUCUCAGAAAGCCUAGUUAUAAGUAUCUGGAAGCGCUUUCAACAACGAACUGUGGAGGAAAUUCUUGACCCAAACCUGAUGAUGCAUGACCAGGACAACCGUGUUAAAAUUGAAGUUCUGAGAGUGGUGCACGUAGGACUCCUGUGCACCCAAGAGAUUCCAUCGUUGCGACCGACAAUGUCAAAGGCACUAAAGAUGUUGACAAAAAAGGAUGAAGACCUCCCUUCACCCACAAACCCUCCGUUCAUGGAUGAGCAUACCAUGGUACUUAAUGACACGAGUAAGGAAGCAGCUUACCCAUUCAAUGUUACUACAUCUUCAGUUGCUAGCAUCUGCCACAGUUCCUUCUACCCCAGAUGACCUGUAAAUGAAGCUAACUCAAUGCUGUUAUGCAAGUGAAGGAAGGAGCCAAAGCAACUUAUUCUUGAGGGCAAUGGGCAUUAUUAGACCAAUCGUAUGGUGCAUUUGGCACCCCAAGCAUACAUUUAGAGUAUUUGAUUCUCUGUAUAUAGAGGCAAUGCCCGAGUAAAGAAAAUUCUUUGAAGGUUACCAUGAAAUCAGAUAGCACCUUGACACUACGAUUGUUAAGUUCAUACAAAAUUUUGGGUAAUUGCUGUAUAUGUAAGCUUGUGUAAUCUGUGAUUACAGAUUAACAGCAUAAUGAAAUCUCGUUGUUUAUUA